UGUCCGUGUGUGUGUGACAGUGGCACAGCUCCUCUGGCGUGCCUGGUGACCAUGCUACACUCCCAGGUGAGGGGCGACCGAGUGAAGAACAGCAUCUUCUUCAAGCUCCCCGGCAGAAUGAGUCUCUUCACCCUAAAGAAAAAUGCCCUUCAGUGGACCAAGAGCCCCACAGCAACAGAAGGUUCCGAUGCUGCUACGGCAACCCCAGCCACAGCGUCCACGGCAACCGUCGCCACGACAGAGGGAGGCGAGCAGGAGAGCUGCGACUCCACGGAAACGGCUGCUGCCAGCGGUGAGAAUGAUGCCUCAGUGGACGAGACGUCCUCCAGUGCCUCCUGCUCCACAGAGCCCCAGUCCCAGCCCCAGACCCGCCUCAGCAGAUCCUCACAGUCUGGGCGUCAGAGGAAGAAGUCGGUGAUGAUGCCUCGCGUGGUUCUCACUCCCCUCAAGGUCAACGGAGAGCACGUGCCAUCAGGAGCCCAGGGGAGGCGCAGGGAAAGCACUAGGGGGUGCUCGGGGGGCCCCACGCUGCGCAGCCGCUCCGAUCUGAGCUGGAAGCGGCCCCAGCACUUCAAGAGAAUGCCUGGUGGCCUUCGCUCAGGUCCCAUGAAGAGGAGCCGAGGGGGAGUGGAAGUGGACUUCGAGACCCCGGGCUCCAUCCUUGUCAACACCAACAUCAGAGCCUUGAUCAACAUGCGCACCUUCACCGCCUUCCCCGCACACUCCCAGCAGCAGCUGCUCCAGCUGCUACCUGAGGUCGACCGACAGGUCGGCCCUGACGGCCUACCUCGACUCAGUAGCUCGGCGCUUAAUAAUGAGUUCUUCACACACGCUUCACAGAGCUGGAAGGAGCGGCUGGCAGAAGGGGAGUUCACCCAUGAAAUGCAGGUGCGGUUCAGGCAGGAGAUGGAGAAGGAGAAGAAGGUGGAGGCCUGGAAAGAGAAGUUCUUUGAGGAGUACCACGGCCAACGGUCGGGGCUGACGUGCGAGGAGGCCCUGAAGCUGACCAUGGAGGAGCCGGGAGACGAAGAGGAGGCCGCGCUGGACGCAGACACAGACGCAGUCACCGAAGCUGCCGCCGCCGCAGAAACGCCAAAGCGCCGCAGCGUGGGCCGCCGGCGACGAGAGGGCCGUAUCAGACGCCGCUCGCGGGCAGACCUGCGGCGCCGUGCCCGACGCACCCUCUGCAAGACCAGUCCCGCUGCGGCGGGCACCUCCGCCGAGCAACCGGACGCCUCCGCGGCCCUGGACGAUGAAGAUGACGAUGAAGCCAUUGUUGCUGCUGCUCCCGCCGCUGCUUGUGUUGUGGCCGCCACCGCCGCUGCCACCGCUGUUGCUGCUGCUGCUGCUGCUGCUGCUGUUGUUGUUUCUGCUGCUGCUUCUCCCGUUCCCUCUCGCCCCUCCACGCCGCUGCCAGAAGCCAGCGCCGCUGCUGCCGCCGUCCCCGUGCCGGAAGAGGUGGUGCUCCCCUCCGAUCUGGAAAUGGAGGCCCCUGCAGAAGUCCCCUCGCCCUGCCCCGAGGCAGCCCCCGCCUCCCCGGUCCCCACGCCCGCCCCGGCGCCAGCCUCGCCUGUCGCCAGCGAGGAGCCGGAGGUGCCAGAGGAGGAGGAGGUCUCGACGCGUCUCCUCCCCGACGUCGAUGUGGACGUCGACGUCCCCGAGCACGAGCACCACCACCCUCCCCUGGCCUCCACCUCCUCCCCGUCCUCCUCUUCCUCCUCCGCCUCCUCAGUGUCCUCGCCCUCUUCCUCGCCCUCCUCCGCCUCAGACAGGCAGGGCGCCUUUGCUGCUAGCUCGGACUCUUCGUCGUCCUCCUCCUCUUCUUCGUCCUCCUCCUCCUCGUCCUCUUCCUCGACAGCCGCCAUCGCCACCGACCCGCUGGACGACGGGGCGUCCGUCAUCACGACCGGCACGGCGGGCACGGGCGCCGGGAGCAGCCGGGAGAGCAGCCCCGCGGCCAGCCCCUCGGCCACCUCCAGCCCCUGCCUGCCCCCUCCUCCCCACACCACCUCCACCUCCUCCACAAAGGAGCAGAAGCGACGGCCGGGGGGGUCCAGCUGCCACGACAACAACAACAGCGAGAGCCAGGCCUUCACUAGCUUUCCCGAGAAGAGACCGCGUCUCGACGACCGUCAGUCCUUUCGUAACACAGUUGACGGGGUCAUCUCGGAGAAGCCACUGCCCACAACAGAGGAGCCCAAGGUCCCGCCAAUCCGGCUCUCCCGGAUCAAACCGCCCUGGGUCAAGGGGGCGCCAACGUACCAGAUCUGUCCCCGCAUCGUCCCCCCCAACGAGGGGAGCGGGAGCGGCGGCAGGAGUGGCGGGGGCGGGGGCUCGCGGAGGUCGGGCACGGGGGCGCGCACACUGGCGGACAUCAAGGCCCGCGCCCAGCAGGCCCGAGCCCAGCGAGAGGCCGCUGCUGCUAUUGCAACCACUGGCGAUGGGGCAGGGCCUGGCGGGGGCGGCGGCGGGACUACUGGGCCUGGGCCGGGGGGCCGUGCUGGGCUACCGGAUCGCUCCAGCGGGCGGCGGACACGCGAGCACCCGGGGCCGGUCGAGCCGGGAGGAGGCGGGGAUAAGGACCGGGGCGGGGGUGGCGACAGCAGCAGCACCAGUACGAGCGGCAGCGUCGCGACCAGCACAGCAGGGGGCGACGUGGAGGAACAGAGCUCGCCUGCGAGCUCUCAUUCGUCUGGAGCACAACUACAGCUGUCCGCUGUAGACUCGGAGAGGACUCCCACCUCCACCUCCUCCGCCUCUGUGCAGUCCAGCACCCCGACCGCCUCCACCACGGCCGCCUCCACUCCCAAGGCCCUGGCCCCGUCUCCCUCGCCCUCCCACUCCUCCUCCACCAACCCGUCCUCCUUUCCCCCGUCGGAGCCGCCGCAGACCCCACAGACCCCCACACCGUCCCCGUCGGUAGGGGAGAGUCCGGCCUCUCAGGCCCAGACGGAGGAGCUCUCGCCCGGGGGGGAUAAGCUCUCCACCACCAGCCCCAGUGACAAGGCCUCUGACACUCCCACUCCCACACCUACUCCCGCCCCCACCCCUGACACUCCAAAGCAGACUAUUGCCAACGAACCGGAAUCCGUGAGCAGCGUUCCGGACGUUUCCACGGAGGACGGCGACUCCAGGGACAGCAGAGUGCCGACAGAGAGCAGCAGCCCCUCGCCCUCGCCCUCGACCACGUCCUCGGCGUCGGUCAUCGAGAAGGGUCCGAGCGGCCCCGUGACACUAGUACCCACCUCCAUACCGGACUCUCUUCCCCGAUUCGGCGCGCAGGGUGUGGACGUCAUCAGGACACGGGCAGCGGCUGUAUUGGCUGCUGCCCAGGCCUGGGAAGCAAGCGAGCAGCAGCAGCAGCAGAGCAGUGGGGGGCACGAACAGAGAGCGGCCUCCGCUGGCGUCAUCCAACACGGCUCCGACGUCAAGGCACCUGCACCAGCUCCACAGUCGAGGGCGGAGGAGGUUCCUGUGGCUUCGAGAAACGGUCCAAUUGGAGUCGGGGACGUCCACCACCGCGGCAGUUCUGAAUCGGCCGUGGAGGACAACAAGGCCAUUGUGAGCUUUGAGAACGCAGGCUCGCGCCUCCCGGGCUCAGUAGCUGUGGGCGCUGACGACUCGGGAGCGCACAGCGACUCGACGGAAACGGCCUCGGACUUUGAGAACGAAGCACCAGAGGAGGACUGGCACACGAGCACGACCCCGACCGCUUCCUCCGACUGCAACGGCCUGAGCGCCGUCCACAGCUCCAGCAAACCCCAGAACCAGCCGGUCAUCCAGAGCCCCAGCCGCCGCCUCUCCUCCCGGACGUUCAGUCCCCCUCCCGCCUCCCAGCACCAGCAGCAGCCAGUCAUCCAGUCGCACGUGUCCCACAACCCGGCCCAGGCCCAGUCCGUUAUCCAGCAGGCCCGCUACCCCAACGGCCUCCAGAACCAGCCAGUCAUCCAGACCCAGAAGCAUCCAUCGUCAUCGUCGUCGUCGUCAUCAUCCCAGCACCCCAUUCGCACUCACUCCUCCAAUCACACCGGGGAACUAGACCUGAGUCUUUCUCAGGCCGAGAGAGAACAGAGCCGAAACGGCGGCCCAAAGUCAGUCAUCCAAACCGACAACAUGUCAGACGAAGCCAAAUUCCUCCGGAGAUCAUCCGGGGAGGACAAAACAACAUCAUCAUCAUCAUCAUCAUCAUCAUCAUCCUCAGCCCAGCAGCUGAAGAAGGCCAUGGGAGGGGGAUCUUCGUCAUCAAGGCCCAUGUCUUCUGUGGAGGCCAACAACCCCCUUGUCACCCAGCUGCUGCAGGGCAGCCUGCCCCUGGAGAAGGUCCUGCCCCAGCCCCACUCGGCCAGCAAGCUGGAGAUCAACCGGCUGCCGGGGAGUCCCGCAGUCUCUCCGGCCGGACGCCAGCCUUCCGGCCCCCGCGGCACCCCGGGCCCCCGCUUCAGGAGCCCCAGCGAUUCGUCGUCCUCGGGCCCAGGCACGGACUCUCCGGGCCCCGAGUUCUCCCCUCAGAGCCAGCACAAAGUGUCCCCAAGUUCUGGACGUGGGUACGGGUCGGGCUCUGUGUCCACAAGGUUGACGUGCCUGUUUGAAGAGGCCACGGCCAGAGUCUCCGCUCUGCACCAGUACCACACCCAGCCGCCAGGGGGAGGUAGUGCUCCAGCAGGGCCAGUGUCAGUCAUCACCUCUCUCCCACCAUCCUCUUCCUCCUCCUCCUCCUCCUCCUCCUUCACCUCCUCCAUCUCCUCCUCCUCAGGCCGGCGCCUCUCUGACAUUGCCGCUCAGCUCUCUGCAGCUUACGAGUCGGCCGUGAUCAAAGAGCACCCUGGCAGUCAGCAGCAACAGCCGCCCAUGCGCGGUGGAACUCCGGAACGGCCCAGAACAACGUUCCAGCAACAACAACAGCAGCACUCUGGCCUAGCACCUCCUCCCCACCCCCACCCCCACUCCCGCACCACCUCGACCCCUGACGCCACCUCCCCAACCCCACCGCAUGCCGACCUCUGCCCCUCGGAGGUCCUUCCCACCGUCAAGAUCAGCUGGCAGUCUACCAAAGCCCCUCCCUCACACCCGCCACAAUCCUUCCAGACGCUUCCACCUCAUCAUGCCCCUCUCCAGCAGCAGCAGCAGCUGUCUCCGGUCGCCACAGUCAAGAACGAGGUCCCUUCGUCACGUCCCUCUUGUCAGGCGCUCACCAAAAACCCCCCGACCGGAGGCAACAACAACAACAACAAUGGAACCUCUGCUGCAACCAUUAUGGUCACCCCUCCGCAUCCCAAUCACCCUACGCCAACUUCUGCUGCUGCUGCUUCGGCUGCUUCCUCUGCUGUUGCGGCGGCUGUCAUUACCAAAAAGGAGCCUCUUAGCUCCCUGGACAGUUACCUGAGUGGCAGCGGCGGUGGCGGUGGUGCCAUGGAGGGUCUUCUGAACAUGGAGAUGUCCCUGGUGCGCAUGGCCAAAAAGGAGCAGGGCAGGAGUCCCUACGGCCGAGCAGCAGCAGCAGGAGGAGGAGGAGGAGGAGGAGCAGGGGACCUCCCCUCCUCCGUCUCCCCUUCCUCCUCCUCCUCGCCCAUCUCAAACUCCAACGCCACCUUCCAGCUCUACAACAGCAAGGUGCCCAAGCUGCAGCAGAGCACGGGCGGAGGCGUGGGCGCCGUGCUGGGUGGCAUGGCCGCCAUGGGUGGCAUGGGCAUGGGCAUGGUUGGCGGCGGCGGCAGCGGCAUGUCGUCCGGGUUCAGCUACACGGCCAACGUGUCGGUGGUGGACGGCAGCGGCUUCUCCCGCAGCCUGGCGGACGGCGUGCUGCAGCUGCGGUCGCGCUCGGGUGCCGGCGGAGGAGGAGGCAUGGGGAUGGGUAUGGGCGGCGGACAGACUGCGGCGGCGCUGAGUAUUCAGGCGUUUGCCGAUGGGCCCAGCGUGGCGGAGGAGGUGGCGCUCAAGUGCUCGUGCCGGCUGAAGGCUAUGAUCAUGUGCCAGGGCUGCGGUGCCUUCUGCCACGACGACUGCAUCGGGCCCUCCAAACUCUGCGUCUCUUGCCUGGUGGUCAGAUAGUCGGUCGGUCGGUCGGACGGACAGUCGGAAGAUGUGCUGCUUUUUAAACCCACACCCUACCCUACCCCUACCCCAACCCCAAACCCUAAACCGCAACCCUCCCUUUGCAACCUUUCCCACCGGGGGUGGGGUGGGAGUGAAGGGUAGGGGGGGGGUUCAGCCUGAAUGAACACAAACACUCUUGUCUUGCGGUGUCUUUGCCGUACAAAGUCUCUUAAGUUAAAACAAAACAAAAAGAACUUUAAAAAAAGAACUUUUUGUCAGUCUCCUUGCCGUAUUGGUUGGUUGGUGGUGGAAAGUUGACAGUGUUUGCUGGUCUUACUGGAGCAUGGGGGUGUUGAUAUAUGAUUGCAUUUGCUCAGUGUUGGUGAUUGGCGGGACGGUAUAGGAGGCUGAAAGAUGCCUUGUAACAUAAAAACCAGUCUGUAUUUUUGUCGCAUAUAUUUUCUAUUGCUGUUAUGAUGAUGUUGUUAUUAUUAUUGCCAAGAUAAUAAUAAUAAUGGUUAUUGUUAUUAUUAUUGUGAAUUUAUGGCACGGUUGGUUGUAAAUUGUGCCUUUUUUGUUUCUUUUUUUUCCACGGAGGAAAAAAAAAACAUUUACCUCAUCAUCUUGACACCAUUCAUCAAUAAAAUUGUGAAAAUGGUGGCUGUUAAUUGUUUGCGUUGUGCUCUCUCCCUGUUCUCGCUGUAGAGGAUUAUUGGGAGGGCUGUUUUUGUGUGUCUUGUCUUGCAAAGAAAUAUUUUUUUAAUCAUUAAAAUGAGCAAAAUGACAUUUUCUUUCUUUUGUUUUCCUCUUUUUGUAAGUGCUUUCACUUUUUUCUUGUUUUUGUUAUUUUCUUAUCCAAAGUGAAGUCUGUACACGACCGUUAAGCACAGUAUUCUAUUCAAUAAAGCUGACAUUGAGCGGACUAUGAGGCUCCCUUUACGUCUGCUGUGCCCAACACCUCAUCUAGA